AAACACGUAAACACGUGCACAUGUUACAUCAGAGCGAUAGUACGAAAGGAGAGGAGUGAACCUUUAUUCAACGGAACCUGAAAAUAUUCUACAAAAUCAGCUCGUAGUUUAUUCGGUUUUAUUCUAUCGUAGUGAUAGCAUGAGCAACAUGGAGCAGCCAAAGACAAAGUUAGCUUAUAUAUUUCAUAAUUCGUACUGCGACAGUCUAACCAAGUAUUUCCGAUGGCAUUUAGAACAAGAGCUGUACAUCGAUCUUAUAUUUAUUUGCAAGUGUAACAAAAAAGUGUCGGCUCAUCAAGUUGUUUUGGGUUCGUUUAGCACAUUUUUAUAUCAAUUAUUUAGCGAUCAUCAGCAAUAUUUCAAAGGAGAUAUCGCAUACGUAUGUGUACCGGAUAUAAGGGCUAGCAGCAUGCAGAAUAUCUUGAAGUUUAUUUACUAUGGUAAAGUUGCUCUGAAGAAUAAAAGAGAACUGUCUCACAUGUACGAAGAUCUAGUUUUCUUGGGUUUGCCUUCUAAUGCUAUUUCCUCCGAAUCAGAGCCAUUUUGUACGUAUAUUUCCGGUAUGAAAAAUUCCAACAACGUGAAUUUACCAGUCAUUAAAACUGAAUAUGUUGAUGAUCCGAUACCGAAGACGAGUAAUACUUCCGAUGAUUGUGUGACGAAUAGCGAGCCGGUUGUUAACGGUGUCAUAAAUGCUGUCGGUAAUGCUGAUGGAGUAUCGUCGUCUUCGUCGUCGUUACCUGUUAUUUCGAGUGUGAUUACGUUAGAUCCUACAGCUAAUGUCAACAGGCAGAAAAACGCUACUAAAGAAUGUGCAGAUGUUUUGCCAGGUAAACAAGAUAUCAGUUCUGAACAACAAAUAACCUCGUCUGAAGAUUCUAGUCGUAAAAAUCAUCCAUCGCAGCCAUCUACUGCUCCAAAAUUGCCUAAUGUAAACAGUACAGGUAUCAAAUCAACUUCAUUUUCGUCGACCACGACCUCGCAUAACGAAGAAUCUUCAACCUCAAAAAAAAAACACUUAUCGGCUGUUUUGAAAAAGGUGUUGGUCGCGUGUCAGGAUCUAGAAUCGGUCGGCGUUAGCGACGAUGAAAAUACUCUAAAUAACCUGCAAUCGUGUAUCAGAAUCGUGAAACAGUGCAUCGUAGAUAUAAACGAUCUUCUGUCACCCGAAGUGACUAUUUCGUCGCAAGGGAAUUACACAUUUAUCGACGUCGAGGAAGAUUGGGAGUUGAAGAUAAUGCUCGAUAAUUGCCUCGAAACACUUCCUAGAUUAGAAAAGGCUAUCGAGAAUUCGAACAAUAAGGCUAAACGGCGAAGGCACAGAGAAAGGCAUAAUUCUGCUGAUAGAUUGGAGUUUCAGAAAUCCAGUACUACAAAUAGUAACAGCAGUAAUGAGAUUAUUAUUAAGUAAUAGAUAUAUUUUAUAUAAGUCGACGUGUAUAAUUCCUAUCGCACGUCAAUAAAUUUUCUUCCUACCAAAUUACCUAGUUUUAAAAAUAUAAACUAUUUUGAACGGUCAUAAUAAUGUUUACAUACGUAGUAGGUACAGUUAAAAUAUGUACUAUCUUAUCUUCGCUGCGUGAGAGAUAAUGAACUAAAAGUUCCGUUUAUGGUUAAUUUUUUUGAUUAUUUAUAUCGUAAAAGCGAAUUUAUAAUAGCGUAGUUUCCAAUUACGUUCGUGAAAAUGAAGCCCAAUUCGCAUUAAUCAUUAUUCAUCUCGUUCGCGUAGCAAAUUUUAAGAGUCAGAUAGGCAUAAAUUAAUGCUUUUCUUAUUUAUCAGCAACAGAUUUGGUAUUCUUGAUUUUUCUGAAGAAAUUGUCAUAAAAUUUUUAGAAAUUAUGAAAAUGUAUCAUAAUUAAGAAUUGAUAACUUCUCCACUAAUUUUAAAAUUGUUGAUUUGAAAAUCGAAUCUCAAAACUGUAGACUUACUUUCUCUCAUUAUAAUGACUGUAAAGAUUCUAUGUAUUGAUACAUUUCAUUAAAAAACAGAUUCAAUAUUCA